UACUACACCCUGCAGUAACACAUUGCAAACAUUAGCAGAAGUGAGUGUCAAUUAAUACAACCUGUGUUUUACUUUGCCAAAUCGUAGAGAGCAUCUGAAAAACUACGUUGGAACUAUCAAAGUCAACUUAAGCAAAUGUUAGAAAUAAUGGCUAACAACCGUUGGCCGGCAACAUGGAUGAGCAGGAGGAAGACGAUGAUGUGUACACAUGCGGGGUGUGCUUGGCCAAGAUCCACUUUAACGACCUGACCAACCAUGUGUUCCUGCAUGAUGACUACACAGCCUUCUCUUACGAUGAGACCACGAAGAUCAUUGAGCCUAUCACAGAGGCGGUGAAGAACAAUCUUGUUAAUAUUGAGGUUGAGCAGCUGCAGGAUGACCCAAGUCAGGCGUAUAAUCUGGCCACCACAGCCUCUGCCCUGGUGGACCUGGGAUCUAUACCUGACGCCCAACAGUCCUCAGAAGACCUGACCAUCCUGUACGAGCCCACUUCCCAGCCAUGUGAUACUCCAGCCAUGGUCUCCCUUACCUCUGCAGAGAUGAAACCACUACAGCUGACAAAUACAUCCAGCAUCACAGAGAUACCAAUCUCAGAGUUCUCCAACUACAAUAUACAUUUGACUACUAACUCUCAGAUUACUUCGUUAUCCCAGGAUUCCCUUUCAGGUAGCUCGCAGACAUCGAGUCUGGUGGGUCUUCAGUUGAACCCAUCUGAUGACCAGGCAGUGCAGUACAUAGCCAUUCAAAAACCAGGUAAACCCUACAGCUCUGACCAGCAGACCAGGUCAACAGCAGCGUCCAGCAGCCUCGCCUCAUACCUCACUGGAACUGCCAAACCAAGACAAACAAGUCAGUCCCACUUGACUACUCUCAAUGAGAUAUUUGUGUGGAAUAAAGGGAAGUCACCAAGUCCUGGAGAGACAGUGAUGCAUGUGCAGGCCCCCAUUAUUGAGAAUGGUGCGAGCAGGAUGGCUGAGUGUGCAGUGGUAUUCGUAAGAUUUAUUGAUGACAAGGACACUCCGAAGAAAGCAAGAACUAUCAAGAUGCAGCUGGGAGUUAGGGGUAAUAUGUAUGAAGAGGUGCAGAACGUGGACGGCUUAGAGGAGAUUGAUGUAGGUUCCUUAAUGGAUUCUUCCUCUCUUUCCUAUAGACGGAAGGUUGGUUCAACAAAGUCUGGAAAAACUGGCCGACAGAUGGACAACUACAAGUACAGAGAGACAGGUAUUUCUGAAUCAAUAGCCAAAGAGCUGAGGAAGACGAUGGUGAAGGAUAGUCCAGCCAUCGCAAGGUACCUCCAGUCCAUGAACAUUCCGAUAGAUGAUGUUCAGGAGCUUGAGGACCUGGCAGCCCAGCAACAGAAUCAGAGCCAGCAGGGGCCGCAGUCUGGCGGGGAAAUGGUGGACGUGGCGCCCAACGGUAUGGGGCUGGCACAGACUCAAACAGAGGAGAGGUAUAUUAGAGGGGAGGCCAACUUGGUGAUGUCUGAGGCAGUAAAUGCCUUGGUUGCAGCUGCUGAUCAGAUGGAAAAUGCUGCAGUGAGUAAAGAGGGUAGUGUGUAUGAAGGCAUGCAGGUGGAUGAAAAUCAAGAAGAGUUCAUUACUGUAGACCCAAUAGAAGAAAGUGCAAAUGUCCAUAAUAAAGAUAUCAAGCAGUCUACAGAAACUACAGAUGGUCUUGGGAAAGGGGAAGGUGCCUAUAAUGAAGAUGAAACCAGGAUAGAUGAGCCUGCAAAUGCUAAUAUGGAAUCAGAAUAUCAGACAGAAAGUGUCAAUCUUAAUGCUGUUUAUCAAGAAGCACCUGCUGUAACUGAGAUAAACACAUGUGAUACUGAGGAGCCUAGUUCCCAGGGACAAGUAGGUGAAAAUGAGUUGGAACCGUCUAUGGGUGAGAAAAAGAAUAUCAAGCAGGAACAAUUUGAUGCAGCUUUUGUGAGACAGAGUUCAAGGCUACAGGAGAAGAAGGCUACAAUGGUGUGUGCUGCCAUUACACCUAAAACAAAAGUAGUAAGGAUCAAAAUCAAAGCUAAAGCCAAGCAAGAUAUUGAUGGUGUGGACAUGGCAGGAGAUAAACAGUCAGUAGAUAUUGAUUCACUGGGUAAAAAGUAUGGGUAUUUUUGUUCCAUCUGUAACAAGAAGUUACCACCUGAAACUGUCCUCAAAGAACACCUGGAGUCACAUAGGAUAGCAAAGAAAAAAAGUACGUCUACUGUGGAGACAGUCAUGAAGUCGGAUGUAAUGUCCCAAGAAAACAAGCUUUUUCUUUUCUACUGCUCCCUAUGCAACAAAAUGUUUCCUUCCGAAGAAGACUUGAAAGAACAUUGCCUUCAGCACAAAGCUGAUGGUGCAGCGCAGGAUGAUGAUGAGGAGGAGGAAAGGCCAAAGGCUAUGUCUGUCUGGAAACACAAUGCGGCCUCUGUGAAAAGACCAGCUCAAAGCCAGCCUUUACGUACAGUUAAGAAGCCUAAAGAACAGUUACCCUGCAACAUUUGUGGCCGGGUGUUAAACUCGAAGAGCAGUUGGUACCAGCAUAAGAGGACGCAUGAGAAAGAAGAGGAUGAUACUUUCAACAGAUGUCCGAGAGGUUGUGGACAAAAGUUCAAGUCACAAAUGGAGGUAGAUCUGCAUGGGCCGUUUUGUAUCAGAAAUAACGAUAGACCCCAGACAAAAACGAGUGAUGACGAAGUGGCAGGUACCAGCGAAGAAAUGAAGUGUCCCUACUGUAACCUGUUAUUCGAGACAAAGGCAAACGUGCACUUCCAUUCUCUUGUCUGCAGUGAACGCCCUUGGGAGAAAUGUCCGAAAUGUGACUUCACCUGCAAGGGUACCCUGCCUAUGAGCAAACAUCAAGUAAAGGUACACAACAUGAAACCCUUCAAGUGUGACGAAUGCGGUAAAGAUUUCCGACUGAAAGGCUCUCUCAGGGACCACGUCAUGUCGGUGCACAAUUCAGAAAAAUACGAGUGUGAGCACUGCGGGAAAAAGUUCACAAAGAACAACAUCUUUAAGCGACACAUGUUCGUUCAGCAUGGGGGAUUCAGAUACCCUUGCAACUACUGCCAUAAAAAGUUCAAGGACAAGCGCUGCUGGCGUGUGCACGAGAAUUCACACAAGGGGGCUUACGAAUAUUCAUGCCUCCAGUGCAAGAUGUCGUUCAGCAAGACGCAGGACUACAAGGAUCAUAUGCUUGAGGUGCACAGCAUCGUGCCUCAAGAAGCGCUGGCGCUGAACAAGCAGGCUAAAGAACUGCGACUUAAGCUGUGCAAGAUUGCCUGUAGGAUCUGCAAGGAGAGGUUUCCACUGGAGACGGCUUUCCUCCACCACCUGCAGAAGAUCCAUGAGAUGUCAUAUGAGGACGCCUUUGACGAGUUCAACAAAGUCUGCCCGGAGGGAUAUUAUGCCUUAAUGUAGACUAGGAGGGAUUAUUGGAUUACUGAUAUUUAUUUGAGGAAAAACAUAAAAUGUAAAUGAAAAUGUAUAUUUAUUUAAAAACAAAGGGUUCAAUUUUCCUAGAUUAACAUAGUAUUAAAGAAUGAACUGUAAUUUUAUAAAAGAAAGAAGUUGAGCAUCUGGAACACAAUUCAGUUAACAUUCAGUGAGUAUGACUUUAAAAUUUGUAACUGUAAGUAUUUAUUGAUAGAGGAUGUGCUUGAAUAGAGGAUAAAACAAUUGUAUUAUUGUAAAAUGACCUCAAAUACAGUGAUUAUACUACAUUUUAGACAUUUAAUAUUGUUGGAAUUUUAACAAUUUCUUAUCCAACUAGUCAGAUAAAUUGAACUCUUAAUGGAGUUGUUUUAUUUAUUGACAAUAUGUUCAUGGUAGCGUUCAUAUGUUUUUGAAAUGACAGCACAUAUGAUUAAUUCUACACUGUAUAUAUCCAUUUGUAAAUAGAAUGGAGUGUCACAUUGCAUUUAUAUUUUAUUCCAUGUUAACUUAAAAAAUUGAAACUAAAAAAUUUACCAGAUUUCACAUGCACUUAUUGAUGCAUUUGGGCAUUAAUGAAUGCAUUUUGCAGUUAUUAGUCCCCUACAGGUUUCACUGGAGGGGACUUAUGGUUUUGUCUCCGUCUGUCCGUCACACUUUUCUGGAUCCUGCGAUAACAUUAAAAAAUCAUAAUAUUUUUUCAUGAAACUUGAAAUAUGGAUAGAUGGCCUCAUGGACAUUAUGCACGUCAUUUCAUUUUGUUCACACGUCAAAAAUUCUGGUUGCUAUGGCAACAAAUAGACUAGAAAUACUGUUGAAAAAGGUGUCUUUUUUCUGGAUCCUGCGAUAACUUUAAAAGUUCUUAAUACUUUUUCAUAAAACUUGAAAUAUGGAUAGAUGGCAAUAUGGACAUUAUGCACGUCAUUUCAUUUUGUUCAUACGUCAAAAAUUCUGGUUGCUAUGGCAACAAAUAGACUAGAAAUACUGCUGAAAAUGGUGGUUUUCUGGAUCCUGCAAUAACUUUGCAAGUUCUUAAUAUUUUUUCAUGAAACUUGGAACAUGGAUAGAUGGCAAUAUGGACAUUAUACACGUCAUUUCAUUUUGUUCCUACGUCUAUAAUUCUGGUUGCUAUGGCAACAAAUAACAAAAAUUUAUCUGACAAUGGUGGAAUAUCUGACAAUGGUGGAGCCGGUAGGGGACUUUUAUCGCUUGGCAAUAGGCUUGUUAAACUUAUUAGUGCGUUAGUGAAUUAAUGUACAUGUAUGUGUUCUACGAAGUUGUUUAUUUUGUUGAUAUGUUUUGUUGUAUUGAUCGGAAAAUUGCCUGCCCAAGGGAAUUAAUAAAGAUAACAUUAUAAUGA